GCGCUCAAGGGUGGGAGCCAACAAAGUGGUUUCACUCCUCCAACUGAGAUGAAGUACCUUUUCAUAGCGAUUGCCUGGAUUGGCAGCCAGUCCUUUUCCAGUGCCCUGGUGCACUUUAAGACAAUGGAAAAGGGCACAAAAGGCUGUUUGAUCAAUGGCAAGGAUGUGGCUGUGGGAGAGUAUGUUCAGGAUGAAAACAGUUGCGGAGCAUAUACAUGCCAGAAUGAGGAUGGAGACACCUUUAUCCACUACUGCCAGAUACCAGCGACCUUUGCGGAAUGUCCCGAUACCGCUGUUGUAACAACAUUAGAUUUUCCACAAUGCUGCUGGACCUGCGCCGCUUGGGGGAAAUGUGCAGGCGGUGGGGGUGUCGGAGGCGGUGAUACAGGUGCAGCUACUGCAACUGAUGCUGGAGGUGCGGGUGGGGCUGAAGCUGCUGGUGGUGCUGAAGGUGCUGAAGCGGCUGGUGGUGCUGAAGCUGCUGGUGGUGCUGAAGGUGCUGGCGAUGCGGAAACUCCUCCAGCUAAACUUAAAUAGAUUCUCUUGUUAUGAUUAUCAUUUAUUAUCAUCAUUUAUUUAUCAUCCGAACAAAUGUAAGGUCUAAAUUCAAAAUCACAUAUACAGGUGUCAUAUAUCUAUUCCUAUUCAGAAUAGUAAUAGGCAUAGCAAUAGCAUUUAGUUAAGCGUGACUGUAUUAGGGAAACUUGUUUUGCGUGAGUAUGCAAUUAAUGCACUUCAACCGUUUAAUCCAUCAAUCAUAAUUUUAUUUAGUUAAUGAGAAUUUUUUUUCUCGCCGGUUCGCAGGUCUGUCUGUCUGUCAGUGAUGGCAAAUGAAAAUGUCACAAAAUCUAAGCCUAGUCAUGGGGAUUGAGUACAGAAAUGGAAUGGGCUGGGUUGGGUCUUGGUCUCUAUUGGAAUGCAAUGCGAAAGUGCAGAGCCCCUUUCAUAUAAUCAUGUAACCGUACAGACUGUGGUCGAUUCCAAAGAAAAUUCCUGGAGGAAACUCAACCCUGGUGGCUCCAAUAACUCAUUGAUACUUCCGGAGCAAAACGACAAAAUUAUAUUUAACAUAAAAAAAAAAAAACAACAAAUUCCAACACAAAUGGUUCCCACCAACAUUCUUCAACUUACGCAAAUGAUAUAGUCGAAUGUAAAUCAGAAAUGUGUGCACGGCAAAAAAAUUGUAGAAAAUAAAUGGAUAUUUCUGGUACAAGGGGAAAA